AUGACCGCGCCGGAGACUGAAUGCCAUGACCCCGUCAAAGGCGAAAAGCAAGAAGGUGACACUUCCCCGAGAGCAAAAGAGGACAACGAAAAGGAAUACGCCGACUUCAAAACAUGGGCAGACGACUUCUUCGAGCGCGAGUACACGGAGCACCAAUGGUCCGCCGGCGCCCACAUCUCCUCGUCUCAGAUCUCCAUCCUCGUCGAGCCCGGUGAAGGAAAAUUGCGCGACCUCGAGCCCGACGAAGAACUGCUGUCGGAAAGCGAGGAGAGUGAAGGCGAGCAAGAACCGUUCGUGACGUGGUCCAAUCGGACCAGGUUGGACGCGGCAACCUCGUCCAACCUAUCGAUGCGGGCAAUGCAGUGGUGCAUGGACAAGGACAAGGAGUACUGGAGCGGCAAGGCGCUCCCUGAACAUCGACAGAAGAGCUGCUUGGCCAAGAGGUCGAUCGGCGAUCGCGUGGAGCGCAGCAGGCGCAUCAAGUGGGCGGAGGAGAUGGGGAGGAGGUACCCGGGCAGGUACGUACCCUAUCCGGGUCGUCUUGUCCGGGCGCCACCUUCGCGGUGCCGUGUCGACAAGGGACGCCGACUGCAGCGCAAGAAGUAG